UAAACUUUCUUUGUGUGUUUUCAUUCAAAGUUUAUGUACUGCAUGCCGUAACCCACAUUAUUAUUUUAAUAGUUUAAGCUUGUUUUUACGUGAUCUGUUACCUUACAUAAAACAUGCUCAGUUUACUCACCAAUGACAAACUCCAGAUGGUGUGAAUAUUUUUUGCAGCAUUGGAAAUAUAUCUAAGGCUACAAUAUGUAAUAUAAUUUAUAGCCGUCAUAGACAUCUAACUCUUUACUAUAUUCUUGCUACAUUCUUACUCCACCCCAAAUGGGACUUUGGGACAACAAACCGACCAGAGCAUAACUGAAUGUUUCUAUGAUAAUUAUAGCUGUAGUUAUUGGCAUCUAGUCUAAAGUCGUAAAAUGCUUUUCUUAUACGUCCUCUGAGGCAUUUGAAACAUGCCAGAAUACUAAACACUACAGCGAUAUAACCCCAUUAAGUUCUCUCAUGACUCAUCUUUCAACUCUUUGCUUUAUGACACACAGUCUAUUAGGGCUUUCGACAUUUCCGCAAAAUUCAACAGCAACUAAAGUAAAUAUAGUUUUUGUUUGAAAUGUACCUUUCCGAUAAAAGGAUUCCUCACUAUGGAGAAUGUUAUUGAAAGGCUCUGCUAUCAUUGGGUGCUCAGACAACCACCAGCAGUAAGGUAAAACAUUAACUUUUGUUCUGCUGACACGACGCUGCCAACGCUUCCUUAUUAGUGGAAACAGUUGAAAGUGUAUGUGUGUAUGUCCAGAUGUCGUGCUAAUGGAGAAGAGGAGUUUAAUCGUUACACAAGCAACCCAUAAAUCAAAGCCCAACAUCCCUGACCAAUCAGAGAAGGAGCAUCGAGUCGAGAUGUUUCACCUUUGGAGCAUUAUCCAGUUCGAGCAUGUCACCCCCAUGAUACCAAACAUCCGCCAUUUCUAGCUUUGUCUCGCUUUUGACAAUCUUUUGGAGAAGAAUAUAUUUGCAGCAAUGGAAGUCAUCUUUUGGGAACUACUAAUGAGAUCUGCAUAUUUCGUCAACACUUUGAUUGUCAAACCUUUCUGAAGCGAUUGACCUCUAAGUUUGAGCAUCAGAGUUUGGGUCCAUUCUGGUUGAUGGCGAGGUUCCAGUAUGUGCGGUUCAAAGUGAGCUGGACAGCAAUUUUGACUCUGGCCCACUUCACGUACCUGCUGGUUGGGGCCACCAUCUUCCAGAUACUGGAGCGGGAGGCAGAGAGCAAUAACCGGAACCAUUUCCAACUGGAGAAGUUACAUUUCUUGGCAAACUACACCUGCCUGGAUGGACCAGCCUUGGAGAAAUUUGUUCAGGUGAUUUUGGAUGCCUGGGAAAAGGGAGUGAACCCCUCAGGCAACUCAACAAACCCCAGCAACUGGGAUUUUAGUAGCUCCUUCUUUUUUGCAGGCACAGUUGUCACAACUAUAGGCUACGGGAACCUCUCCCCCAGCACUGUAUCUGGUCAAGUGUUUUGUGUGUUUUACGCACUAUGUGGAAUCCCCCUGAACCUGGCCUUCCUCAAACAGCUGGGGAAGUGUCUCACCAUCCAUCUGGGUCGACUGGAGAGGGGAAUGGUCUCAGUUGUUCCUCACAAGCAGACAGUUGAGGCUCUGGCAGUGAGCUUGUUCUUCAUCACCGGCAGCCUGCUGUUUUUAGUCAUCCCUCCUCUGCUGUUCAGCUACGUGGAAGGCUGGUCGUUUGGCGAGGGCUUCUAUUUCACCUUCAUUACCCUCAGCACCAUUGGUUUUGGAGAUUAUGUGGUGGGUGAUAAUCCGGAUAAAGUGUACCCAGAUUGGUACAGCGUCCUCAUGGCCUCCUGGAUCUUCUUCGGCCUGGCCUGGCUCGCCCUCCUCAUCAACCACUCCAUCGACAUCCUUGAGCGGCUCAACACGCACUGCAGAAUGCGCUGGGGUGGUCAGAAGCCAGAGGAAGAGUCUGGCAGUGCAGAGGGAGAAAACCCAGACACACAGGUGGAGGAGGAAGACGAGAACAAGAAGCCACCAAUAAUUCAGUAAAAAAAGGUGAAGAUUUCAGUAAGCUUAACCUAGUUGUAGUUUGUAAAUCAGGACAUGGGAAACAGGCGUAAACUAUUGGAUAAUGUUGAGCCAUGGCAGGGUGUGUGUGUGUGUACGUGUGCAUGUUUGUGUGCUAUAAGACUGUAAAUGUUGAGAGUGUGAUACUGCCGCUAAAAUAUUGACUCAUUUUUGUUGAGUGAGGAUUUUUUUCCCACACUGUUAAUAUGUGACUCAUUAUUGUUUGCUUGUUAAUGUACUUGGUUUAAGAAAAACCUCUGCGAUUAGAGUGUAAGGCUACUAGGUCAACACUUACUUUGCUUCAUGCAUAUGUCCAUGGGUUAGUGGUCAGGAUAAACUGCAGUCAGUGUUGUCUGUGGCUCUCUCGUGUGUUGCUAAUGACCACAAACCAAGUCAUUUGCCAACUAAGUAGCAAUUUGCAUUUGACUGUGUGAGAGACAGAAUGGCCCAUGCACCACUUAUUGACUGUUGAUGCCCAAAAUUAAAACAUUUGUUUACUGCAAAUACAUUUAAAUGUAUUUCAUUAUUUUUCAUUCAAAUUGAAGGUAAUGGGAUUUUUUUCUCGUAAGAAAUAUAGGUAACCUAAUUAUUUGACCACACUAAACACAGUGAUACAACAACUCAUAUCUAAAUUUACCCAAUACAAUUCUACUAGUAUAUUGAAACCAGAUUGUUUUUAAUUUACUUUAGGGAACUUUAGGGAAGCCCAUAAAUGCUGAAAUUAUCUUUGCAUCCACUAGGUGUCGUUGCAAUACUAGUGGAGAAGUCAACCCAGAGGAAAAGCAGCAAACACUCACUGUACUGUAUGUUAGUGUAUAAUGUAAUAAUAUAAACUAACCAUAUUAUAUAUAUAAUCCUCACACUCAAUAUAUUCAUGCUCUUCAUAUGUUUAUGUCC